GGCAAUUGCUCUGUCAGAUCUAGUGACAACACAUCAGUCAGCACAUAACAGACAAAAUAGUAAAUAUUGCAAGUCAUAUCUGACAAAAAGUUUUUAAUUAGCUACAAUUAAUUGUUUUAUUAAAUUUUUAAAACAGAAUAUUCAAAUUGUUUCCUACUGAAAAAAGUUUGAAUUACUUUGUAAAUCAUUAUGGCACUUGCCGGUAAGAUUUGUUUAGUUACUGGAGCCAGUCGUGGAAUUGGAAGAGGUAUCGCAGUACAGCUUGGAGAAGCUGGAGCUAAGGUUUAUAUCACUGGUAGAACUUUGAAGCCGAAGCCAGAUUCGAAAGGUGUUAGUCUCGAGGAAGUCGCGGAAGAAGUUCAAAAUCGAGGCGGUAUCUGUGUUCCAGUUGUUUGCGAUCAUAGUAAAGAUUCAGACAUCGAUGACCUCUUCAGACAAAUAUCGGUAGAAAAUGAUGGAAAGUUAGAUGUUCUCGUCAAUAAUGCCUAUGCUGCUGUCACUACAUUGUUAGAUACAGUUGAAAAGAAGAAAUUUUGGCAAAAGGAACCAGCUAAUGAACAUUGGGAUAUUGUAAACAAUGUUGGCUUACGAAAUCAUUAUAUUUGUACAGUUAAAGCCGCAAAUAUGAUGGUUCCAAGAAAGACUGGCUUAAUUAUUAACAUUUCAUCAUCUGGAGGACUUAGUUAUCUCUUUGACGUUGCUUAUGGUGUUGGAAAAGCUGCAUUAGAUAGAAUGUCUGUUGAUUGUGGUAUAGAGUUGAAAAAGCAUAAUGUAACUUGUGUAUCCCUUUGGCCAGGAGCAGUUAAAACUGAGUUAAUCUCUGCCGUAUCAGGAGAGAUGGAUGAUCGUUUAAAAACUAUGUUCUUUGACUAUGGUGAAUCCACUGAAUUUUCCGGUAAAGCUAUAGUUUGCUUAGCAUCUGACCCAAAUGUUCAUAAGAAAACUUCUAGGAUUCUUAUCACAGCAGAAUUAGCUUCAGAAUACGGUUUUAAAGAUAUCGAUGGUAAAACGGCACCCAGUUUAAGAUGGGUUGGCAUGGCUCUAGUCGACACAAAAUACGUAUGGUUGGCGAAUUGGGUACCCUACUGGAUGAAAUUACCAUUUUCCUUACUCCAUUAUUUCUCCUACAAAUUCUAAAUAUGCAAAUUGAGCAAAUUGUUUAGGAUUACAAUUGAAAAAUGAACAACUAAUAAUAAAAAUAUAUUCAAAUUGAGA